AUGAACGUGGCCUUGUUCGCCGCCGCAGCCGCGAUCAUGGGCUACGCCGCGCAUCUCUCCUACGUCAACGUCGCUCCUCAGCAAGCUCGUACCAGAGCUCGUGAUGAGUUCGUCAAGGAACGAAUGCGACAGAGGCAUGGCUAUGGCAAAUGA